GCGGCGACGUUGAAGGCCACAGCAGAUGAGCACCAUUGGAGGGGACUAAAAAUAAUAAUGUGUUCUCCACCCAGCUCUUGCCGGGCUCCACUAUCUCACGGUUCUCCAGCUAAAUAAGCCAAAAGGUUGGUCUGUAAAUUUUGCGUCCGAGGGUAUUAAUCCAGUGAGUCACCACUGCCAAAUACACUCCAGCUCGAGCUCAUUCGAGAAUUUCUGCAGAGCAGAGGUGUCUUUUGACAUAUACGGCAACGCAUCGACCGCAAGUAUUGAAAACUCGAGUUAGGAUGGGACUGCUAAUGGCUGUAUUAGCCCUGUUAGGGCUCUGCUUGAGUUUGCUAGUUGCAUAUUUUUUGACUACCGUGAUAAAAAGUCAGCAGUACUGGAAGAAUAAUAAAAUAUUCACAUUGAAAAAAUCGACGUUCCUCUUGGGGCACUUUGGUCCGCUGAUCACAAGGAAGAAAUCGUUUGCUGAACUCGUUUAUGAUCUUUACAAUGAAGUCAAAGAAGAGGGUGUUGAUUUCGGAGGUAUUUAUCAGUUUAAAAGGCGUUCUCUUGUUGUCAACAACCCCGAGCUCUUCAGCGAGAUAAUGAUCAAGCGAUUUGAACACUUCAUCAACAGGAGACCCUUUGUUGACCAAGAGACAGAUAAACUGUUGGGCCGUUCACUGCUGGGACUGCAAAAUGAGGAAUGGCGCGAUAUGCGACACAAUUUGAGCCCUGCAUUUACCGGAUCUAAACUAAGAGGAAUGAUUGACCUGAUCGAGUCAACCUGUGUCAAAUUUAAUGAAUUCCUUGCCCACCGACCAGACAAAGACGAGCCUCUUGACAUUUACAAUGCCUUCCGUAGACUUGCGGCAGACAUCAUUGCAACAUCUGCUUUUGGCUCUCCAUCGGACGCCGUUUCUAAUCCCGAGUCUGAAUUUUAUAAAAAUGGCAUUGAAAUAAUGAACUUCAGUGGAAAAAGGGCUCCAAUUAUAAUUGGUUAUUUGAUGGCACCACCGUUGAUGAAAUUCCUAAGAAUACCAUUCUUGCCUGCAAAUAUAGCAGAGUUCUUUUCAAAAAGAAUAGCUGGAAUAAUCAACUAUAGAGAAAAAGAAAAUAAGUCAAGGCCAGAUAUGGUCCAACUUUUGAUUGAUGCAAGAAAAGCAGAUCCAACCAAGAAAAUUACUGACAUGGACAUUGCAUCCCAGGCUUUCACUUUCUUUUUGGGUGGAUUUGAUACAACAGCCACUGCAUUCUCGUUCAUCAGCCAUGAGCUUGCUCGUCACCCCGAAAUUCAAUCAAAAGUGAGGGAUGAGAUUAGAAAAGUUAUGGCUGAAAAUGGGGGAAAAGUCAACUAUGAUGGAACCAAAGAACUUAAAUACAUGGACAUGGUCAUUUCAGAGGUAUUGCGCCUGCAUCCAGCUGCGCCAAUGUCAGACAGAAUGUGCGAAAGCAAUUGCAGUUUCCCUGACUUUGACUUGACCAUUGAAAAGGGAACUUCCAUUGCUCUGCCCAUUUAUGGCUUACACACAGACCCUGAUUACUUCCCAGACCCAUUCAAAUUUGACCCUGAACGCUUUAACGAUGAGAACAAAAAAAACAUCAAACCAUUCACUUAUCUUCCUUUUGGCGAAGGGCCGAGAAAUUGUAUUGGAAAACGGUUUGCCCUGCUUGAAUUGAAACUGGGUCUCUGCAAAAUCCUCAACGAAUUUGAACUUGAGGUUUGUGAAAAGACCAAUGUCACGAACCCAAUGCAGUAUAACAGGAAGACAACCCUGAUGCAACCAGAAGGUGGAUUUUGGCUGAAAAUUCGGCCAGUGAACAAAGAAUAAUAAUGAAUUUUUUUUUUAAUAAUGUACUUUAUACCACCCUUAUCAGUAUUUAACAUUAAGAAUUUUUAAUUUAAAUUUUUAAGUUUAUUUCAUUAAUCAGAUAAAUAAAUCCAUUCUAGAAC